AUGUUUUCCCGGCGCAUUGUAGCGGCCCGCCCGCUGGCUCGAGCCUUUGUCCCCGCAGUAGCCCGACCCCGACCGCAGUUCACCCAGAUCCGCACAGCUCUGACUGACGCUGAGAUGAUUGAGCUCGCCGACCCUAACCAGAACGGCGGCUACAUCAACCCGCCAGCUGAAAAGCGUGGAAACCGCGACCCGUACGGCGACUGGUGGGACAAGCAAGAUCGCCGCAACUUUGGCGAGCCCUGCCACGAGGACCACGAUAUCUUGGGUGUUCUGGCUCUGCACGACUACAACCACUUUACGCCAGGCUGGGGCGCCGUGUUGAUGGGUACCUUCAUUGCAUCCGUCCUGGGCCUCUGCGGUGCCGUCAGCAUGGUCUACCCCGACAAGAUCAGUGCUCCAAGGACAUUCCCAGACGGUCUGGACGUGGAACUUGGAGGCAGGGGAGCUCUGAGGGCAAGGAAACCAGAUGAGGCUACCUGGUAG